CACAGCUAGUAGAAAGCAGCUUUGCCUCGAAAUCUAAAGCAAUUAACCGUGUUCAACGUGUAGAAUAAGCUAUAAAAUCGAAGGGGCGGUAGCAAGGGAGCACCAGCACAAGUGAUUUUCCACAUUAAGCAUCUGCGGGUCGGGGGACAAUACGACAUUGCGAAAAUGACUCGCACAGUCCACACACUGACGGCGACGUUGAUUUUCUACGCUUUUGUGGAAACAGUUACAUGUUUCAUAGUUCUAAUAAAUGCACCCGACCAGGCGCUCAUUGGAUCCACGGUGAACGUGACUGCCACGCUCUUCGACGGCAACAAACCCGCCCCCGACGGCACCUACAAGUUCGUUUGGAAGGACAAUGCGGGACAUCGAAAGGUGAUUGAGACAACCCAAGCCGUUAGCAACUGGACAUUGGAGUACACCAAGGAUCACAUGCAGCCGGGUGAGCGGGUCGUGGAAGUGAGGGUUGAUAAGUCCUAUCUGUUUUGGAUAACGGUGGCGGAGAACAAGUCCAGCAUUAUGUUGGAUGACACGCUGGGCGGCAGGCUGCAGCUCAUUCAGGGCAAUGCGUCGCGGCCGCACGACUUUGUUUCCACCCAAGGCGCAGUGAAUCAUAGUAUAUCGCUGUGGCCGGCCGACAUAGAGUUUCUGCGGGAGAACGGCUAUCACAUUCAGACGUACUGGUUUCAAAAUUGCACAUAUCUAGGCAUGUCGAGUGCCUUGGACUAUCUGGCCACAUAUCAGAAGGCAGAGCAAUAUUAUGAUAUCGAGGUUCUGGUCGUUGCGUCGCUGGACUGGCCGCCCGAGCCCACGCCCUCCACGACCACUACUACUACCACGACCACGACUACGACAACGACGACGACCAGUACGACGACGACAACUAGCACAACACCUGCACCCACCACAUCCACAUCGAGCACAACAACCCCAGCCACGACGACCACAACCAGUACCACUCCCAAGCCGCCCACGCGCUCCAAACGCGACUUAAUUCAAGCUAUGCACGCCAAUGCCGCCAUUCUUGGCCUGAACUUAACCAGUGCCCUGAAGGAGCAACAGCAGAACGCAGAUUCCUCUUUGAACGUAUCGGUUGCUCUGGUCAAUCCUCUGGGCGUGCGAAGGGUUUCCCAUCUCACUGUGGUGCCUGGCGUGGAGCCGCCAUACAAUUGCGUGGACAGAAAGAUCAUAGCGCAGGAUUCGCGUAAGAUCUAUGGGUACUUCCAGCAUCGCAUUGUGUCCAAGGAUCCGGUUGUCAGCUUCGGUACCACCGGCAAGAACUGGCUGCAGCACUGGGAAAUGCUUAGCCUAGACGUCAGCUGCAAGGGGUCGCCGCCAUUCGAAGUGUGCGUGAAGGUCUACAAUGCACCCUAUAAUGCCACAGGCAAUGAGACAUGCACCAUCUAUGAUGUGUACAACAAGUGUGCGUUUAGCUACAAGCGUUACUUCUCCGAAAGUAAAACCAUAUUGUUUGUCAUACGCAACGAGGUCUCGCAGACGGUCAACCAGGUCACCAUCAACAUGUACGAAGCCCAGAAGCAGUCGCAGCUUUCCGUAGUGGUUGUGCCUGUUACCUGUACUCUGAUGGCCGUCAUACUCGUGGUCUUUGGCGUGGCCUACUACAUACAGAGCCGGAAUCGUUUCACCGUGGAAGUCGCUGACUUCAAUUUCGGGGACACGCAGUCGGUGGACAUGGAGUACAAGACGUUCUCGCAGCGUCUCAUCGACAGCAUACGCGAUGUUUGGGCAUGGCCGGGCCCACGGCGCCACUCGCAGUCCAGUACAGAUCUCAUGGCCGACGAGCCAACCAAUUCGCAGGCGGGCGGCUUUGGCGGCAAUGUCGGCGAUGUGGAUAGCAAUCUGCGCUACAACACUUUCAACUGAACCCCGUCGGAAGAGUUAGGUUGGAAUAUAUUGUUACCUAUACAGAUUAAUCAAUUAAUUUAAUUUCUACUCUUAAGUUAUAUAUUUUUUGUUAUGUAUAUCUAUGAUGUGCACGUUCUUGUGCGUUUAGUCAUUUUCUUAUUGUACCAGCACGCCGCGCUCUCGGGUGUUUUCUGGUGGAAUCUAUAUGUACAUUUAUUCUAUUGAUUGAAGGAGUCUUUCUUUA